AGCCUCCAUGUGCCACGUUGAGAAAUUGUGAUAAAACUUUAGACCUAAUUCUCCAUUUGAAGGUGCUUUACAGUCCGAAUUUUUAUCUAGCUAGUACAAAAGAUAAGACAAAAUGUCGGAAUCAAGAACGCCAGCAGAGUCUGUCAAGGCAAUGGGUCCUGAAGAGAUUACGAAGCAGUCCAUACGUAAAGUUGUCUGGGAUUACCUGGAGCAGAAUAACCUGGUCAAUUUCCCACGUCCAGUUUACAACAGGAUACCUAACUUUAAGGGAGCAGCCAAUGCUGCUGAGAAGGUACCAACAAUGGCUGAGUUUAAAUCAGCACGAGUUGUGAAAGUCAAUCCAGAUAAACCACAGGAGAAUGUGCGCUUCCUAACCCUGGAGGCUAACAAGACCUUGUUAGUGCCCACUCCACGCUUGAGGACAGGACUGUUUAAUAGGAUUGUGGUCCCAGAGGAUGCUAACAAGGAAAUGCUGAGGAUUUGUUCCACUACUCAGGGAGUGAGGGAACACAGCGAGCCGAUUGGUCUGGAUGACAAAGUAAAAGUUGACCUUAUUGUUAUAGGGUCAGUGGCAGUGUCCAAGGAAGGUUUUCGUAUUGGUAAGGGCGAGGGUUUUGGAGAUCUUGAGUAUGCCAUGAUGAAAAGCAUGGGUGCCAUUGACGAUAACACCAUUGUCAUUUCGACCGUCCACGACUGUCAGGUACUCGAUAUCCCUGAGUCCCUUAUGACCCCCCAUGAUGUUCAGGUAAACUACAUCGUCACACCAACUGAAAUCAUCAAGUGUGACUGCAAACGUUCCCAGCCAAAAGGUAUUAUCUGGUCUUACAUUACACCCAAGAAGAUGCGACAAGUUGCUAUCCUUAGGCGUCUACGCGUCUUGGAGCGUGAAGCAGGAGUGGACGUAACUCUUAAAGAUGGGGAGGAAUUUGAUGAGACAGCCGAUGAUGGUGAGGAUGAAAAGAGCGGAGAGAAUGAUCGCUACCGCCGUAGACGUCCACCAUUUAAUAGGAGGCGCCGUGCUCCAGGAGGACGAGGACGUCGAAGGCCAAACAGUGAACGAGAUGGAGAAAUAGUCAAUGAGGAGAGAGGUGAGUCAUCAGGCAAUGAAGCAACUCAUGCUGAAGGUGAUCAAGGGCGUCCGCAGCGCAGAAGACGUCCACGACCUCCACGCAGGAGGCGGAGGGCUUCCGAUCGCCGUGAUGAAGGGGAAGAAAAUUCUGAGCAGAAUGUUGAUGAGUAUUCACCGAGAGAGGGUGAUGGUGACAGAGAGAUGCCAGACAAGAGAAGGGGUAAAGGUGGAGAGCGUCGUGCUCCACGCAGAAUGAGAAACAACCCUCGUACCAGGAUGCCUACAAUCUUUGUUGGUAGCAUUCCACGUGCAACUCGUGUCAGUGAACUGAAAACGAGGAUCCGUGAAAUGGAUAUCUUCCCAAUUCGCGUAAUAUGGCAUGGGGCACGUGGAUAUGCAUUCUUUCAAUUCACAAAGCAGGGUGAAAUGGAAACUGCCUUAGACUCUCUCAGAGAAUUUGAAAUCAAUGGCAAGCAGCUAAGAAUAGAAGAAUCCAAGCCAAUGACAAAUCGGUCAAAUAAUUCAUCUGGAGACCGUGGAGACGGGGAUGUGGAUAUCAACGGUGCAGCUGAUGGCAUGCAACAGAUGUCCAUUAAGAAUGAUGAUUGAAGCAAUACUGGAGAUAGGUGGUCGGGAUGCAUGUAGCACUUACGUGCUGUGCCCAAAUAGUGCUAAGGUAUAUAUAUACUGUUAUUUAAAAUCAGCAUCAUUGACCGAUGCCUCCAGUCUCUGUGCCAGGUUAGGUAAGCCUGCAGCAAGUAAUCUUGAUGAUCGUUCAUGUUCAUGGUUUUAAUAAGAGAUGACGUAGGAAGAAACUGUAAUCAUUUAUCACUGACCCUCUGUAGUGAUUGUCACUGUUCCAGUUUUAUGCAGUCAUGGAAAGGAUGCCACACAGUCAUCUUUUGUUUGUAAUGGAAUGAGAUAUUAACAGUACAGACAUGAUUUUUGUCCGAUUAAUUUAUGGUGAAUGGGAGUUUUUCUGAUAACCUUGAUUCAGAACCUGUGAUUCUAGACUGAAAUUGACUGAAAUGUGCACUAGUCCCCGAGGGCAGUCGUGAAACCUGUGACAGGCUAAAGACACAAUUGAUUUUUCACCAUUUCAUGGUAAAAGUGUUAAUUUGGAAAAAAGUUGUUUUUGGAGAGCAAGAUUGUUCUAAAGGUCACAAAGAAGGAAAUUGUUGUUGCUUUUGAUUAAAAUCAUAUUCAUUGAAAUGUUUGACACAAAACAAUUUCAUUUCUCAUGUUUAUUUCUCAUGGGUUUGUGUUUCAACUUUAAAUCCCUCUUUAGUUUACGAGACAGCUUCUCAUUGAUUGCAUAUUAGCUGCAAUGGUUUUGAUUGGUUGAACCCUUUGGCCUGUAACAUUUAAGUGGAUUGGAUGUUUGAUCAGCUCCUAAAAAUACAGUGAAUGUUUUUUUAUGUAUGCAUUAUGUAGCAGCUAAUGAUAUUGAUCAGCAUUACUACAAUAUAGCUGUACAAAAUGGACAUCUGUAUAUGUCCAAGUUUGGUUCUUAUUGAUCUUCUGGUGUUUGAGAAAUCAUUUCCUAUUUUUUAAAAUGGCUGACUUACUGUAAAUCAUUUAAAUUUUGCGUGGGAUUUAUCUCCGGGUUAAUAUGCGAGGAAAGUCAUGCUAUUAUUUGUAAAAUAAUUCUGUAUGGUAUCUUUGUUGAUUCGGUAACCAUUUUUGAAGUCUUAAAGAGUGUAGGUGUCUAAUAGCUCAUGAUUCGUGAAUUUAAAGUCAAUUCCAGAUCAGCGUUUGUGAAAUCAUCUAUCUGCAAAUAAGGUAAAAGAGGUAAAUCUGGGAAAUAAAGAAUUUGCUAAAUCAAAGUGAUUUACAGUAAUUUGAAAUGCCAUAUGAAGCAAUUUGUAGUAUUGUGCCUCAAAAUGCAAUCAAAUCCUGAUUGUGAGUUUAAGCAGUUAUGCAAACCCUUUCAAUGAACUAACUGUGUCUUAGGUGUUUUGUAGUCUGGAUAUUAAGAGUCCUAAUCAUACAUGAAAGUGUAUUAGUGAUUCUAAUUGCAGGACUUACAAACUAUUGGAGGUUGUUUUGCUAAAUGUUGUUGGCAAGAGCUAUUUAUGUUAGAAAUAUGUGAAGCACCUUUUCGUCUGACUAUUUUGAUUUCAUUUUACUGUCUAUAAAAUGUCAGUAGCAUUUUUGAUACUUGAAAAUGAGUGCUUUUUGUAAGGAUUAUCAUCAUAAAGGGACAAUGUUAUGGAAAAUCAAGUGGAAUCUAUAUGAAAUACACAAUAUUAGAUGUAUCAGUAUUGAUGAUAUGUGGUGGUCCUUUCACUACAAUAUCUACUAUGGCUUUUUUGUUCAUUAUCCUUGUGGUACAUCAUAGAAGGAGUUAUUCUGGAUAAAAAUAUCUCUGAAAGAGGUCUUAAAAACAAAGUUAUGAACACAUUCACAUUCAAAAUGACUGUUAUUUAACUGACAGGACUUUCAACAGUAACUAGCUUAAAUUAUCAUCUCACUAUGAUCUUUAUAAUGAUUGAAACAAUGAAUUACACGUGUGAGAUUUUACUGACCAAAGUUACACAUGUACCCUGUAGUUCUGAUUAGAAAAAAUAAGUAUGCUGUUUUUCACUUCCUGUGUUUAAUCAAAGAAAUUAUUUCUAAGAUUUCUUUAAAUGUACUACUUGCUCUACUUUAAUUCUGAAGCGGAUAUCUGAGGCUUGUUUUUGUUUUUUUUUCAUGGCCAUAGAAUCCAUGUUGUUGUAUAGAAGAUGUUUAAAAGUAGCCGGGUUGGAGCACUUUGUUUUGUCUCUUUGAUUGAUAUUCAUAUAAGUAGAGGAUAUUUUAGCUCAGUCAAGAAAUAAUCCAGUUUCCCUGAGUGAUAUGGUACAUAAUGUACUGUUACAUUUAUGACAACAGGUUUUAAGGCCUAACACUUUGUUUUGGAAAUGAGUUCAGGUAUUUCAAAUUUACAGUAACAGCAGUCCUGCUGCCUGUCUUGGAAGUGAAAUAGUUUUAAAUAAGAAAUGCAUUGUCAAGGCCAUUUUUAGACUGUUACUAUACAUGUCAUAUCAAAUUAGCAUUAUCAGGGGAAAGCUGAAAGAUGUUUAACGGUCAAAAGGGUUUCAACCACCGAAGCAUAUAUACAUUUAACAUGUAUUGUGUUAAGUAUUAAAUUAUUUGAAUGGAUGCUUCAUAAAAAUGGAUUGAAAAGGAAUUUCUACCGUACAGCUUUCAUAUAGAUAUAUACACCCAUUUUUAUGCUUAUUUUUCAACAUGUAUAUAGGUUAUACAUAGAUGUGUUCAAGGUUGGACAUAAUUAUUUAGUUAUCAAGUGUGUGCAGUGUCAUGAUUCGUGAAUGCAUCAAAAGAAAAAAAAUCCAUCCAUGAAUUGAUCUAAUAAUCUUAACUUUCAACAUAUCGAAGUCAGAAAUUAGUGAGUAGUUUAAGGUUAUAUGCUACCUUUAUCUUCUUUCCAAAAGAGUUCAGUGCUGAAAUAUAUCAGAGUUAUAUAUUUGAGAAUGUCAAUUUGGACAAAUUCAAUUUGCAUGAGAACAUUGCAGUUGAAAUCAGAAGUGCAAAAAAGUAUUGACAUUGAUAAAAAAAAAUAUGUUCAAGGGAGACAACCCCAACUCAAUUUGCAUGGGAGCAUAUAACCUAAAUGUCAGCAGUUACCUUCUAGCAACAAAUAACAUGCCUUCAUCCUUAUGUAGAGUAAAAAGCGCCUCUCAGAAAUCUUCAAAAGCAAUCCUGUUUUCAGCUUAACAUUAUAAAGUAGCAUUAUCUGCCAAAGAAAUUGUCAACUAUGCAAUUGGAUCCCAACAAGUGCCACUUAUCUUCUUUAUUUAGGAAAAAUGUUGGUCAAAUCAAAUUCAGCAACAUUGUGAAGAUGAAAUGCAAAAAAUUAUAAUAAAAUUGGUGAUUUGGUCGUAGGGUUGGAAGGCGGUGAUUUCUCAGUCUUUAGAAUGUUGAUUUAUUAAAGAUGGGUUUCUUGCUGAUUUUCUGGCUUUCUGUCUUUUCAGAAGAAAAUAAAUCACCAUUGUCAAAUAUUCAGGCAUAAAAAAAGAGAUUGGCAAACAGCGGAUGAUAGUUUUAUGAUUAGAUAAACUUCCUUACAAGGUAGUCAUUUACAUACCAUUGCCUUAAUGUGCAUUAAUACAGGACAAAUUGAAACAUUUUUCACCUUUACUUACUAGGUAUAAACUAACCUGAAGCAUAUUCAGGUUUUUUGCCUUAAUUUUUUGAUAGUAAGGAAAGUUCAUAAACUUUUUGCUAGUGGAAAAAUCAGACGUUUUGGCAUACGUCUGUAUAACAUGUUUCCUUGAAUCAGCUGAAACCCAACUUUUAUAAAAAAAACUUCGUUAACCAAUAAUUCAGAAUUGAUGACUGUGUUUGUUGUUAUUCCAACCCUGUAUAAUUGAAAUGACCGUUGAUUUGUGCUGUGUUGUAUAUUGAUUUAAAAACAAGUUACAAAGAAAUUGAAUUCCCUUUAAAAAAAGUUAUGAAAUUCUAUGAGGUUGUGACUCGAGAAAGCAUGACUGCAAUAUCAUAGUUUAUAGAUAUAGUUUUUUAUUAAUCAAUAAUGAUUUAAUAAUAAAACAAUGCAUUGUCAUUAUUGAA